UUGUAGAUUACGCUUUACGGCAAGGUGGUGGGGCACGUCAACAGCUAUGGCGGAAGGGGAGGAAGCGUCUCCGCUGAGCAGCUGGGAAAAUGACCUUGCAGAAGCUCUAGAAGAAGGUGGUUGUGAUCUUGAAACAGUCCGAAACAUAAUCCAAGGGAGAACUCUACCUGAACACCUAAGAGCCAAGGUCUGGAAGAUUGCACUGAAUGUUGUAGGGAAAGGAGACAGUUUGGCAUCCUGGGAUGGCUGUUUAGAUCUACCAGAACAGACAUUGAUUCACAAAGACUGUCAAGAACUAGUUGAUCAGUUGUCAGUGCCAGAGGAGAAGUCAGUAUUACUUUUGGAUAUUGAAUCUGUGAUUACCUUUUACUGUAAAUCUCGUAAUGUUAAAUACAGUUCUAGCCUUAGUUGGACAUAUCUACUCAAGCCAUUGGUGCAUCUUCGACUUCCACGAAGUGACUUGUACAACUGCUUCUAUGCUAUCAUGAACAAGUAUAUUCCUAGAGACUGUUUCCUGAAAGGGAGACCAUUUCAUCUCUUUAGGUUGCUCCUCCAGUAUCAUGAGCCAGAACUCUGCUCCUUUCUAGACACCAAAAAGAUGACGCCAGACUCGUAUGCACUCAACUGGCUUGGAUGCCUUUUCUCAAGCUACUGUUCAUAUGAAGUAACUCAGGCAAUAUGGGAUGGAUACCUACAGUUAGCAGAUCCAUUUUUCAUUUAUUUCCUAAUGCUUAUCAUCCUUGUUAAUGCAAAGGAAUUAAUCUUGGCUCCAGAGUCAGAUAAUAAAGAAGAUGUUGCAAAAUUUCUAGAAAAAUCCCCUGCCAGUUUGGAAGCAGAAGAUAUAGAAGACCUUUUUGUUUUGGCGCAAUAUUAUUGUAGCAAAACUCCAGCUUCUUUCAGAAAGGACAACCACAGCCUAUUUGGCAGCAGCUUGUUGGGCCUCAAAGAUGAUGAUUCAGACUUGAGCCAAGCUUUGUGUCUAGCAGUUUCGGUAUCAGAGAUUCUUCAAGCAAAUCAACAACAAGGGGAAGGAGUAAGGUUCUUUGUGGUGGAUUGUCGCCCUGCAGAACAAUACAAUGCUGGGCAUUUAUCGACUGCAUUUCAUUUAGACUCGGACUUGAUGCUCCAGAAUCCAUCGGAAUUUGCCCAGUCUGUAAAGUCUUUGUUAGAAGCACAGAAACAGUCGAUUGAAUCUGGCUCAGUAGCUGGUGGAGAGCACCUUUGUUUCAUGGGAAGUGGGCGAGAAGAGGAGGAUAUGUAUAUGAACAUGGUGCUUGCACACUUCUUACAGAAAAAUAAAGAAUACGUAAGCAUUGCUAAAGGUGGAUUUAUGGCACUGCAACAACACUUAGCAGACAUUAAUGUGGAAGGACCAGAAAAUGGAUAUGGCCAUUGGAUUGCCAGCACUUCAGGCUCAAAAAGUAGCAUUAACUCCUUAGUUGAUGGUGAUUCUCCUAAUGGUUCAAAUGAUGGAAAGGGAGUCAAGUCCUUGGUAAACAAGAUGACCGAAGCUUUGAAGACAAAAUCUGUGAAUGUGAAAGAAAAAGUUAUUAGUUUUAUUGAAAAUACUUCAACUCCAGUGGAUAGAAUUCCUUUCAAUCUUUCCUGGCCUGAGAGAGCAAGUGUGCUGCGACAUGUCAGCAGCAGUGACAGAGUGGGAAAACCUUACCGUGGUGUGAAACCAGUUUUCAGCAUUGGAGAUGAAGAAGAAUAUGAUACUGAUGAAAUCGAUAACACCUCAAUGUCGGAUGAUGAUCGAAAAGAGAUUGUCAACAUCCAGACUUGGAUAAAUAAGCCAGACAUAAAAUAUCAUUUCCCCUGUACUGAGGUGAAAGAAACUGGGCACAGGUUUCCUAGUCAUCUUCUAGUAACUGCUACACAUAUGUACUGUUUGAGAGAGAUUGUUUCUCGGAAGGGAUUCGCUUACAUACAGUCUCGCCAGGCGUUAAACUCUGUUGUUAAAAUCACAUCAAAGAAAAAACAUCCUGAAUUAAUAACCUUUAAGUACGGAAAUAGCACCACUUCAGGCAUAGAGAUUUUGGCAAUUGAAAGGUACUUGAUUCCAAAUGCAGGCGAAGCCACCAAAGCCAUCAAGCAACAGAUUAUGAAAGUUCUGGAUGCGCUGGAAAGUUAAUAAGAAAAGACUUUUUCAGUGGAGACUUCAAAAGAAAAUGACAAUGAAGAUACUGUACGUGGACCUAAAACAACUGUGUUCCAGCUGAAUACUAACCUAAGAGGACUUUUCAGUUUACUGAUGGGAGUGCUUGCGUAGCAGGUUUAAGAUAGGGGUAAAUUAUACAUUUUGAAGAGAUUUUUAAGUAUUUUUCUUUAACUCUCUUGGAUUUUGCAAAAGUUGUUUAUUAUAAAGGUCAGUUAUUUUUAAAGUAGCUUUAGAGGAGCUGACCUUCUUAAGAAGAGGACUCAAUUACACAGACCUAUUUGAGGAGUUGUAUUGAAGACUCACAACACUUCUAGAGAUUGGGAAAUAUUUGGAACUUGUACUUCUGAAUAUUUUUAAAAGCCUCAAGCACUGAGUAUUUGGUUUGAUCUUCUGUGACUAAUAUCAAGGAGUGACACAAUACGUAGGGCAGGAAUUAGAGCGUUUCCCCUGUUUUUUAAAAAAUUGGAACCCAACCAAAAAAAAUUGCUGGGGGAGGGGAAUACACGCUGUUCUGUGUAAGUGGUUUUUAAAGUCUUCUGUGUACUAUCAAGUUAAAAAAGAAAAUUACUAAAGUUAAAAUAUUAAACUAUACAGCAAUGAAAUGUUUACACUCACAGGUCAGUGAUUGGGCUAUUAUGAAAGCUAAGGUUUCCCUUGAGGUCAGCGUUAGAAUGUACAUUGAAAUUACAGUUCAUGUUUCAUGUGAUGGAAAAUAGAAGUUGGCCACAAUGAUGGGAGGCAAACAUAGUCUUUAGGAUACCUUUUCAGAAGCUGUCUGGCACAGGCUAAAGCUAUUCUUCAUGCAAGUGAUCAGAGCGCUACAUAUUUGCGAUCAUUUUAUGUAUGAUGCAUCUUUUGUUUUCCUUUGAGACAUGUCAGUUGUAUUUUUUAAAAAUAAUGUCUUCAGUGCUUGAGUAUUCAAAGAUUUCGCUAGAAAUCGAUAGAUUUCACAUAUUGACAAAAUGUUUAAGAGGGACUUGAAUGCACUACAGAUCUUGUAACAAGUUGUGUGCAUGAUGACAUGAAAGCCUGUAAGGUUUGGGAAUAAUGGUUCAGUGGAUCUUAAUGUGUUGGGUAAAAACAACAACACUACUUUUGCAGGUCCUUAAUGGUACUAUUACUGUACCAUCUGAAAAUACAUUCAGCUGACCUUUAUAAAAACAAAAUCAGCUCUUUUAAGUUAUGUUCUUAGUAUGAAUCAAGUUAAGGCACCUUAAUCCUGAAACUAACUCCCAUUUAAAAAUAUUGAAACAAACACACUAAAAUAAGUAUUUGAAAUGCAUUGCAUGAACAGCACUUUUGCCAAUGCUCCUGUAUUAUAGUUCUGCCUCAGAGCUGCAGUCCUGCCCCUCUUUAACAACAAAAUAAAAUCUCCUGAAGGGCCUUCAACCUGUGCCUACUUCACCAAUGAGAUUUCCCCCCAUAAAGUUAAUGUAAAGAUGUUUGUGCAACUGUUUAUAAACUGCCAUUGUAAAUAAAUCCAGUACUAUUUGA